ACGAAGGCGCAGCAGGCCCCACUAUCAUCAACCCACUCAACAGAAAAUGUCGUGAUAAAACAGGCGCCGACCCAUCCGGGCUCAUGGCUAUCCCGGGCGCAGACGCCAGUUCCUCGUCAUUCCUUCUUGCCAAGUGCGGCAGCACCCUCUUUUGUUUCGCGCGCAGCGUCCUUCUCUGGCUUGUCGUUCUUGUCGUCGCGGCGGCCGGCGCAUUGGGUCGUCGAUUCGUGUCUUCCCGCCGUGUCCCCGGCGGCACCAACGAAAAAAGCUGAUCGCGGCAUUUUUCUGUACAAACCGGACACAAUGGCUGUCGGCACGCUCGCUCUCUUCUACCCGGUGUUUGUGCCCAUGAGCGCCGCGGCUCUCGCCUACGCUGGCCACCGGGCGCUCUAUGUCGACUGGCGCCUGGUCCUGACGCAGUUCCUGAACGGACCCGGCCGGACAAGUCGGAUCCUGCUGCUAUUGUUCCUCGUCCUGAACUGGAAGAGUCUGCCGCUGGCAUGGACGGUCCGCAUCUUCCACUCCUUCAUCUACCACGUCCUACGCCGCCCCAAGACUUUGCCGCAGCGCGCCCUCUUCCACUACAGCGUCACCUCGUCGCGCACCUCGCUGCUCGAGACCGACUACAACAUCCACAAGAGCAAUUCGACCUACUUCGCCGACCUAGACGUCAGCCGCUCGCACCUGGUGACGCACCUGUUGGGGCCCGGUAUGCCCAUCAUCGGCGACAACGCCAAGAACCAGCGUGUGCGCGACAAGGACGGCAACGUGGUUAAGGGCGCUUUCGGUGUCGGCUUGGGGGCCGUCUUCUGCAGCUUCCGCAAAGAGAUUGCGCCGCUACAGGGGUACGAGAUGUGGAGUCGCAUUUUGUCGUGGGAUCGCAAGUGGCUGUACAUCGUCACGCACUUUGUGGUCAAGGGGAAAGUGAGGCCGACUGGUUGGGACGGCAGGCGCAUGGGCAGAACGCGGAACAAAGUUCAAAAGGCCGACGGCAGCGGCGAGGAGGUGGAUUUUUCAAGGUAUGUCAUUGCCACGGCCGUCAGCAAGUAUGUGUUCAAGCUCGGGAGGUUCACGGUGCACCCGGCUCUGGUGAUCGAGGCGUCCGGGUUGUUGCCUGAGAGGCCAGGCGAGGGGUGGAAGGGCGGCGAGACGGGCACGGGGACGCCUGAGGAUCUGGGGGAGCUGGACGAGGCGGCCGAGUGGGACUGGAAGCGGGUUGAGGCGGAGCGGAGAAGGGGGCUGGAGUAUGCCGAGCAUUUCGCUGCGCUUGAUGGGACGAACUCGCUGUUUGAUGGCGGCGAGGACGGCGCAAUUGGAAACUUUCCGCUGGGUUAAUUGUGUGAAUAGAGGUUGGGAAGGAGUGUGAGCGGUGUUGGUGGCUUGUCGCUUGUGUGGGGGACACUCCAUCGGUAUCAGACAUAGAUAUACAUCUUUAGAGCUGGCUAGCUCUCAUCCGUUCCAUGCUCACGGGCUUGAGAAAAAUCCUGCAUUUGAGAC